GAACUAGUGUUAUUUUUUUAGAAAUUUUUGUUGUUUUGUUAAUGCUUCAUAAUUAUUAUGCUGCCAAUUAAAGCUAUAGCCAUGCACUUGCUGUUGCUUACCUACACACGCUUGUCCUGGAAUAGCAGAUGAUCAUGUAGAUCUAAUCAUAGAUAUCUAAUAUCUAUGAUCUAAUAGUGUAUUAUUGAGAUCAUUAGAUACUUCUUCCUUUAAUGCACUUGCUCACAUAAUAAUCCUAGUUCAUUUCUUUGUUGGGUUUUACAAUCUGCAUGGGCAAGUAAGAUUCUAGUCAACCCAAACAAUGAAUUGAGAUCUAUCUGUAUCUAUGUUAAUAGUCAAUAAUAGACAACAGCACCGUGCUGUACUAACGCGAUAAGCGGACCCAAUAAAGAAGCCCCGAGCCUCUCUUUCACUCUCUGUCCUCCCUUAUUGGUUAGUCUACGACAAGAUGGAAGCUUGGAAGAUUCUCAAAGCUACUGCUUCUUCAUCGGACGCCAUGAUAUCAAAAUGGGUGUGCCUGAAGGAUGGAUCAUCAUUAAUUUCACAUUAAAAUUAUAAAUUCUGAUAGACUGAUUGUCACAAAUUGGCAGGAGACAAUGGCAUCAAAUCAAGAGACAAUGGCAUCAAAUCAAGAGACAAUGGCAUCAAAUCAAGGGACAAGUGGAAGCUCUUUAAGGGAUCCUGUAAGAAAUAUUCUCAAAGAAUUCUCACUGAAUGAACUUGAUCUCGAUAAAGCUACUGAUGAUACUGUUUUUCUUAGUCUUGGACUUAAUUUUGACUAUUUCUUGGGUAUUCAUCUUGGCCUGUCUAAGUCAGAUAUUACAGCCAUAAAAAAAGACAAUGACUCAGACCAAGAUAGAGUCAUUGCUUUGUUCUGGAAAUGGCAAGAAAGAAAAGGAUCAGGUGCAACGUACCUCUUAUUAUUGAAAGUUCUUAUUGAAAUCGAAAACAAAGAAGCUGCUGAGAAGUUGUGUCAGUACUAUCGGGACAAGCACCAGAAAUCAAGUACUAAAUUAAGUGCACCGAGGUUUAAAUCACAGUUGUCUCAUCCUCCUCCAGCCAUUAAUCCAAGUCGUAGUUACUACAGACGUUCAGCAAGUGAUCCUGUUGAUACUCAGAAGAGGGUCAGAAUAUGUGAGAAGAACCCCAGCAAUAAAGCCUGGAAGAUCUUUGAUAGAUACUCUGAUCAGAUGGUUGAUGUUCUUCGAAAAGAUGCCAACCUUUGUGACAGUAUGCUGGAGCUGCUAGCAGAUAAUUUUCUAAUUGGGUCAACAGAGCAAGAUGUCAUUCAGCAACUGUCAAAUUUUAAUAUUAAAAGCAAAGCAAUGAUGGGCCAUGUCUCUACCUUCAUCAGUCAAGCUAGAAAUCCUAUUCGUGCAUUUGCAAAAUUUGUUUUUCUCAUUCGAGAUUUUAAAAAUUUUGAUAAACUUUUUGACAAGAUAAAGGCUGAAGCUUCUCUUGUUGCAAUUUUUAUUCCUAUUCGAUCAAUAAAGACUGCAAAAUUACCUUCAUUGGCUGCAAAUAAAGAAUUUUCUUUCAAAUUUUCUGAUGAUACUACUAAUAGUGAUGAUUUGAUACUUCCAGUGAAGCAAUAUUCUCGUCAUUUAAAGGCCCUCUACAAAAAAGAGAAGCCUGACCCAAAGUGGUCUUUUACGACCACCCCAUCUAAAGUUUACGUUGACCUAGCCGUUGUGAACAAGAAAAGCUGCUCUGAUUCUUUCUCGAAAUCUACUAUACGUGGAACUGCUGAUGAUAUUUUUCUUCAUAAAGAGCCAUUUUCACUUGAGGAGCUGUGCAGAAUUGAGUAUGGAGAAGCUGUCUUGAUUGAGGGCGCCCCUGGGAUAGGAAAGUCAAUGCUUGCGUUUGAGAUAUGCAGUCGUUGGAUCAAGGGAGAAGCAUUGAAAAAAUAUCCUCUUUUAUUAUUACUUCGUCUGAGAGAUAAGUUUAUACAAAAUUGUAAAACAGUAAAAGAUCUCUUGGGUUGUUUCUUGAAGGAGCAAAGUUGGAAGGAGGAAGCUGUUCAGCAUAUAUUUGAUAAAAGUGGAGAGGGUCUCAUUGUUAUACUUGAAGGGUUUGAUGAGCUACCAGAAGAUCUUACACAGGCAAGUUCGGUGUUUCUUCAGAUUUCAGAAGAACUGCCGUUUACUUCACUGAUUUAUACCAGUCGUCCAUCAGCAAAGCACUCUUUGAAGCAGGAAAUUUCAUUUAGUCGUCAUAUCGAAGUAUUAGGGUUUACAGGCAAAAGUAUCAAUGAGUACAUUCAGCUAUUUUUUGAAAAUGAUAAUGAGUGUAUUGCUACUCUCAAUCAGCAUUUAGAUGAGUCACCAAAGGUGCGAAGUUGUCUCUACAUCCCUGUCCAUCUCGUUAUUAUAUGCAGUAUCUUUCAACAGUACAUCAUGAACAAGGAGCAAGUGCCAUUUAAAGGCAUUGUAACUUCAACUAAACUGUAUGAGGCAAUGAUUAAAAUGUUACUCUAUCGACACAUUAAAAGUAAAAAUCCAGCACAGCUGGUAAGCAUUGAUUUAAAUGACCUUCCUGAUUCAUAUCAGAAAGAUUUCUCCUUUCUUUGUGAAAUGGCCUAUAUUGGGUUCAGAAAAAGAGCUACUGACCUGAUAUUUUACCUUGAUAGUCAUAUUGAGACUCUUGGGAUGAUGCAGAAAGAAGUUCAAGUUUAUCCAGGGACAGGUGAUGUCAUUGCUUAUUCCUUUCUCCAUCCCACCAUUCAAGAGUUUCUUGCAGCUUACCACAUUUUUCGGAUGCCAAAAGAUGAAAUUGAAGAUAUCUUUAAUAGAUUAAAGAACGUUAUGAAAUUCUCCACAAUGCUUUGCUUUUUAUCUGGCUUGACAGAGCUACAAUCAAUCACCCCAAGUGUUGAUAACCACUUGUACAGUAUGACCCUAUUUCGUUGCCUCUACGAAUCUGGAAACCAUUCCCUUAUUGCAAGUUUAUUUAGCGAAAAAGAUAAAGUUUAUAAGGUUCGUCGCCUACUGCCUAGACCCUCACCUCAAGACAUGUUCAUUCUCGGCAAGUGUAUAGCACUUAGUAGCUGUCAAUGGGGAUUGAGCUUUACACUCCGCGGAAUAACUUUUGAGCAUCUCGAGAAAUUUCGAAGAGGAUUAAUCUCUAUAGAGUCUAACCCAUCAUGUAAAAUAGAGGAUAUCAGUUUUUCUCUUAAUCCAAUUGGAGAUGAAGGAAUGAUGGAAUUGAUACACUUUCCUGAGCAUAUUCUUAAGAAUUUGGAUUCACUACGUCUAAUGAGCUGCGAAUUUCAUUCUUGUGCAGCCAUAGAGUUUUCAAAACAACUUAGAAAAUUCUCAAGCCUGGGAAAUCUAUUUUUCCAUAACAAUUUCCUUAAGGAAGGUGAACAGCUCUGCCUGAUAGAAGCAAUGAUACCACUUAAAUGUUUUCAUGUUACUUUUUCUAAGCUCAGUCCUGAUGAGUGUGCAGUGCUUCUAACCAAAGUAUCAAGUAUUGGUAAAGUGUAUCUAUACCAGUUAGGAUCCAGUAGCAUUGAAAAGGUCAUUGAAUGCUUCCCUAAGUCACUGUCUCUUGAAGUUCUACACAUUGAACAAAGUUGCUGCACUCCAGAGAACCUCAGCCUCCUACCCACAACACUCCCUUCCUCUACUCUUACUAAACUAGAGCUAGUUAAUUGUGCCAUUGAUUCUAGCAGUGUUCGUACUAUUAUUGAUGCAGUGCUAAUGUCUCAUCAUCUAGAAGCUCUUAAUUUGAGUUAUAAUUUUAUUGAUGAUGAAGGAGGUGCUCAUUUGUGCUCUAUGCUCAGGCAGCUGUUUGGCUCGUCUGAAGAACCUGCUACUGACUCCAACAGCAGUUGCAGUUUCAAGAAAUUUAAAUUCCUUGACAUUGGGCAUAAUCCGUUUACGGGACAUGGAAUAUCAAGUUUUAUCGAUGAACUAGCUCACUUCAAGAGUGAUAGCACUAACUUCAUUCUCUCUUUAUCACUUGGUUGGAAGGAUCAAGUCUGUGAACAUGUUUCUUUUACCGUAGCUCAACAGCAUUUAAAAUUUGAAAGUAAUGAGAAUGAUUAAUUGAGCCCAGGCUGCCAUGCCUUCAUUUUUUAAAUUUUUGAUUGCAUUUUUAACUUUUUACAUUUACUAGACUAGAUAGACCUAUAUACUAUUCUAGAUAAACAAGUUCAAUUCAUUAUUUUGCUAAAUUUUUAAUUGCAUAGACACAAACUAGUCUUAUUUAGAAAUUUUUUUGUUGUUUUGUUAAUUGUUUAUACUUUAUAAUUAUUAUGCUGCCAAUUGAAGCUAUAGCCAUGCACUUGCUGUUGCCCGCUACCAACACACACUUGCUUGUCCUGGAAUGCCAGAUGAUCAUGUAACAGUAUAUUAUU